GUCAGGCCAAAGCUUGACCGUUUCCCCACCCCCACACGGGAUUUGGUCUGUGCAUCUGAUCUCAUCUAUCGACAUCAUCGUCAACAGCUCCCGUUUCCGACAAAUGGAGGAUUAUUCUUCUCACUCUCCGUCAUGAUUUGUCCACCCAUCCCAGGUCAAGUGGCUCUACGGACAUCUAUGUCUGGGCUUUUUAGCAUCAUACCAUGCCCUCCUCGUAUCAUUUGCUCCUCGUCCCACCCUCCACGGCGCAUCGGUUCGCCGUAGACCUCCUCACGCAUAACGGCGUCGCAAGUACUGAUGCCGCAAUCAUUGCCUCUGCCCUCGUCGAAGCCGAUCUCCGUGGCCACGACACUCACGGUAUCCAGCGCCUCCCAUCAUAUAUCGCGCGCAUCCGCCACGGCGUCCUCGACCCUCAUGCGUCUCCGACGCUCAAACAGAUAACCCCCGUCGUGGCCCUCGUCGAUGGGCACAAUGGCUUCGGCUUCCUCGCUGCACAUAUGGGAAUGGAUGCUGCGAUACGAAUGGCCCAAGGCGAAAUGGGAAUUGGUCUUGUCGCAGUCAAGCAUAGUAAUCACUUUGGCAUGUCUGCGUGGGUGGUGCAACAGGCGCUAGAUGCGGGCAUGGCAAGCCUCGUGUUUACAAACUCAUCGCCUGCAUUGCCCCCUUAUGGCGGGAGGGAGAAGUUGCUUGGUGUGAGCCCAAUCGCCGCGGGAGCGCCUGGAGGCCCUGGUCGUCGGCCGUAUAUCAUCGAUAUGGCACCUAGUGUAGCUGCGAGGGGAAAAGUGUACAAAGCACUCCGAAGAGGCGAGCAGAUCCCCAAGGGCUGGGCACUGGACAAGCACGGGAGAGAGACGCAGGACCCACAGGCUGCGCUGGAGGGGGUUAUGUUGGCAAUGGGAGGGCCGAAGGGAUCUGCUCUCGCUAUCAUGAUGGACGUGUUUUCAGGUGUGCUGACCGGGAGUGCGUUCGCCGGAAACGUAGCCGGACCCUACGACCCAUCUCGCCCUGGAGACGUAGGCCAUUUCCUCUUGGCCAUCCGUCCAGAUCUGUUCCUUAGUCGCCAAGAGUUCGCAGCGAGGAUGCAGUAUCUGUAUGAAAGGGUGACAGGGGCGGAGCGUGCGGAAGGCGUGGAUAGGAUUUACUUCCCCGGAGAGGUGGAAUUGGUGACAAGGGAGAGGAGGAUGAGGGAGGGGAUACCCGUUGUGCAGGCUGAGUUGGAUGCACUGAAUGAGGAGGCGAAGAGGGUUGGUGUUGAUUUGUUGACGGCAGAGUUGCAGAGGGAGAAGGCCCGGCUAUAGACGCACUCGUUCAGUGUUAUGGUGCCUGUGCCUGUGCUGUCCUGGGCCCGCAUCUCGUGUAUUCACCAUUGUUUGUGUGUGCAACGCGAUGGAGCUGCCUGUCUUCCCGAAUCUUCCGCUCCUCUGAAGUAUGCUGCAACAUGCAACUAUCCGGUGCGCGUCACACGCACAGAUGCUGAGAAAGCAAAUUGCUUGCAAUCCAGGAUUCAACCUACACGCCUCUUCGCUCUCCGCCCACAAAGGGGCGAACUUCUACCUCCUCCACUCACA